UUUACCUUUUUUUUUUAAUGAACAACUGAUUAAUUAAACUUGAAUAAAAACUGUCGCCAUUGGAUUCGGAUUCGCUUCGACAAUCACAAAAAUACUAUGUUUUUUCCCGUUAAAAAUGUGCAAUACUUGAGAGGACGCAAGGCAGAUGUGUUACCAAGACUCCUGUUCGCUCUGUCGAGUCGGUCAAGCUCCACAUACAAUGAAUAUGACUACCUGCAGCAUAGCCGGCUUUCAACGAUGCACUUUCAGAAGUCUCUGCCUCGUCUGCCCAUUCCAAAGCUAGAAGACACAUGCAGAAGAUAUUUAAGAGCCCAAGAGCCCAUUCUGUCUCCAGAAGAAUUUAAAAAAACCUCGGAUAAUGUUGUUGCAUUUCAAUCCAAGGAAGGCCCACAGUUGCACAAAAAACUUGUGGAAAUUGAUGCCAAUAACAAACACACGAGCUACAUAAGUGAGCCAUGGUUUGACAUGUACUUGAGGGAUCGCAAACCACUGCCAAUUAAUUACAAUCCUUUUAUAAUUAUGGUGCAAGAGGAGAAUAUCCGAUAUAAUGAACCGCUGGUGAAAGCCACCAAUCUCUUGAUAUCAUCGGCUAGAUUCAUGAAUUCACUGAGGGCUGGUAUUCUGGAGCCGGAGGUCUAUCAUAUGAAUCCCAAAAAAUCGAAUACUCAAUUUUUUCGAACGAUAACCGGGCUUUUACCAUCGGCAGUCGCCACUUAUGGAGCAUAUUUGUUCAAGGCUUUCCCCCUCGACAUGUCUCAGUUCCAUCACCUCUUCGGAACAGCGCGCAUCCCUGAAAUGGAAAAGGACAGGAUCUACAACGAUCCCACCUCGAGGCACGUGAUCGUAAUGCGAAGAGGUCAUUUCUACUCCUUCAAUCUCUUAAACGAAAAUGGAAGCAUUCGCUCCCCCCAGGAGAUAGCUUCCUGCGUCAGCUCGAUUCUGAACGAUCCACGAGGGCCCAGCGAGUGUCCUAUUGGAAUCCUAACGGCCACAGAACGCAAUCAAUGGGCUAAGAAUCGCCAACACCUGUUGAGCCUCGGUAACGAGCAAGUUCUACGGAAAAUCGAUUCUGCAAUGUUUGUUUUGGCGCUGGAUGAUGACUUGCAAGAGGAAAAUCAGAAUAAAUUACUCCGGGACUUUUUACAUUCCGAUGGAGCGAACCGAUGGUUCGAUAAAUCUUUCUCAUUGAUUGUCAAUGGAAAGGGAUAUUCUGGAAUAAAUUUUGAACACUCGUGGGGUGAUGGAGUCGCCGUUCUUCGAUAUUUUACAGACUUGAAAGCCGACAUAAAAUCGAAGCCCAGGUUCCACCCAGAAGACCACUCAAAGCUCUCUCCUGCCUCCCCAAGCGUCGAAAAACUAGGCUUCAAGGUCGACGACGCCAUAAAGGCAUCUGUAAACGGUGCCCUGAGGGAGUACCACCAUUGGGCCCAUGACACUCUAUCCCUGGAUCACCACAUAUCCGAUGUAUUCGGUAAGAAGCAGUGCAAGACCUUCGGAGUGAGUCCAGACGCUGUGAUGCAAAUGGCGUUUCAAUUGGCUUUCUACAAACUCGAGGGACGAGCUGUCCCAACAUACGAGUCCUGCAGCACCUCUGCCUUCAAGCACGGUCGCACCGAGACCAUAAGAUCGUGCACGAGUCGGACAAAAGCCCUGUGCAAAGCCAUCGUGGAGAGUGGCAAGUCCAAAGCCAAUGACAAUGAGUUUAAAAAAUUGAUUAUUGAGUGCAGUAAAGCCCACAACGUUCUCACGAAAGAGGCUGCCAUGGGACAGGGUUUCGACAGACAUUUGUUUGCAUUGAAGAGGAUUUGGGAGGAGAGUGGCAGUCUGGGGGGCAGUCUUCCAUCGAUUUUUCGAGAUCCAUCUUACGAGAGGAUAAAUAGGAAUAUCUUGUCGACUUCGACGUUGUCCAGUCCAGACGUAUUGGGAGGAGGCUUUGGUCCUGUUGUGGAGAAUGGCUAUGGCAUUGGCUACAUGAUUCAGGAUAAUCGACUUGGGUCGGUUGUCACCAGCUACAGGGAUCAUCGAGAUGCCACUGAAUACGUGGGUCAUCUGAAAUCAGCCUUCGAGGAUCUGCACAGAAUUUUACAGAGGAAGUGAAUUGCUGAUAAGGGAGGGUGAGGUAACAUGGAACUUCUUGAGUCAUCAGAAUAUCCUGCCAAAUGGAUCAGGUCUCAUUUUGAAGUCUGAGAAGUACAUUUAAGGCCGCGUGUAUUAUCUUUCGAACGUGAUCUUGGGUGUAUUUUUUUUAAUUUGAUAGUCUGAAAUCAGUAGCGAAGUG